AUGAAGCUUAGUAGAAUUAACAAAUCAAAACCAAGAAAAACUAAUACUAUUAUCGUAAACAAUAAAAACUUCAAAGUUGAGGUUGAGGUUGAGGUUGAGGUUGAAGUUGAGGUUGAGGUUGAGGUUGAGGUUGAGGUUGAGGUUGAGGUUGAGGUUGAGGUUGAGGUUGAGGUUGAGGUUGAAGUUGUUGAAGUUUCUUCAUGUCUUUAG